AUGCGGCACGUUUUCUCUUAUCUCAGCUCCGAGGUGGACUGGUGCGAAGCCAACUUCGAGCGCUCGGAAUAUAUUGCGGAAUAUUACAACUCGAUCAGCAACGUGGCCUUUUUCAUCCUGGCCCCCAUGAUGCUGUGGCUCAACACCGAUUACAUUGGCUAUCGUCCUGUGCCGAUCCGGGGCUUCGUCAUCUUGCAGCUUAUUAUUGGCGUCUUCUCCUUCUACUACCACAUGACCCUGAGUUACGCCGGGCAGCUCCUGGACGAGCUAUCCAUCCUUUGGACGCUCUGCAUCUCUUACGGCUUCUGGUUCCCGGUCCGCUACUUCCCGUCCUUCAUCAAAAACAGGUAA